AUGGUGCAUCUCCGCCUCAACGAUCCAGACACCUCUCGCAACCAGCACAUCAACUACAUCACCGCGCUUCCGCAGUAUGCCAACCACGAACAGGCGCGUCAUCGGCUGCAGCAGCUCGCAGCCCAGGUGCAGCCGGUGAUGAAGAAGCACGGCUUCCAGAUCAACUCGCUCGAAGAGUUUGAGUGGAACCGCGAGUUCGCCGGGCGCAACUGGAACAACGGCGAGACGGUCGAGCUGGUGCUCCGACGUCAAGAUGGAAGCUUUGCUCCGCUUCAGUGGGUGCUGAUGGUGUUCUGCCACGAGCUGGCGCACAUCAAGUACAUGAAUCAUAUCCCCUCGCAGCAUGGGAAACUGGAUCGUGAGCUGCGUGAUCACUGCCGCCAACUACAAGCUCGAGGCUACUACGGCGACGGAUUCUGGUCCGCUGGUCAGCGUCUCGAGGACAAUGCCUUUGUGGCAGGAUCCGGCCUCAACUCGCUCCAAGGCCUGCCAGAGUAUUCGUGCGGUGGUGCGUUCCAGAGUAAGCCGAGCAAGAGUCGCACAAGAAAGCGUCGCCGCACCGCCGCCGGCACGGGCUCACGCAAACGAGGCUUCAAAGGUCCCAGCCUUCACACUGGUGCUCAGACUGCCCCCAACACCAAAGGCGCAAGGCGCAACCAGAAUGCACUCCCUGGUCGGGGCUCACGCGUCGAUGGUAACAACCAUAUUCCCACCGCCUCCGCUUUCAGCUCGUCCUACAAAGACGAUGCCAACUCCACUUUUCGCAAGCGGACACAAACCGCCUCGGCUCGCGAGCUCCGAGCCCAAGCUGCGCUGCGUCGCUUCAAUGCGCUCAAACCGGAGGAAACCGAGACGAAGCCUAAACUCCAAGGUGAUGCUUGCUGGCCUAGCCAAUGGCAAGAUGCCGAAUCAAGUUCAGGCGCCUCCACUCCAGUCAGUAACGAUUUCAAAGAGGAGGACGGCACUGAGUCCGAAAGCGAGACGGAGGACGAAGGCGACAGCAAAGAGGGAGGGCUCGUGAUCCGACUGGACGAUUCAUCUGCAGACGAAGAAGACGAACCCAAACAUGGCUCUACGACGCGUUCCAGCUCGCCGCCGAAGGCCGCAGUGCGCAUCAAGCAAGAACAGGACCACUCUACAUUUGCAAGCACCGAGUCGAACACGCAACGCCUCGAGCGAGCACGACUCUACCGUCAACACCAGCUCAGACAAGGCGGCACUCUCCGUGCCACUAACGAUGACUGGCAAGACUUUUGCUCCAUCGCCUCGCUCCCCACGCCCAGCUCCACUGCUGCUGCUGCUGCCACCAACUCAGCAGGCACCACGAGAAAGCCCCUGCGCAACACCAAGGACGAUCCCAUAGAGCUCCUCUCGUCCGACGAGGAGGCGUCGAUACCUUUUUCACGCCCAACAGCGGCUCAGACGCGGUUGGACCCGAAGCGUCCACCUCCAGAGCAACACUGGCCAUGUCAGGUUUGUACGCUGCUCAACCCGCCAACUGCCAUGCAAUGUGACGCUUGCCUCGCCACCCGCGGAUCUCUUUCAGUCGGGCAAUGA